GCCCAAGCAAUAGAGGGCCAGCGUUAACCUGCUGGGGCCUUUUAUUGCUUCCCCCUCUGUGACACGUCCCCUGUGAUGUCACAGGUGUCAGAGCGCAUCACAGCCCAGCCAACCCCACCCUUUGUCCCCUCAGCCAACUCCUCCCUCAGGAACUCAGAAAGGCCCUGGUGCACUGCUUAAGGCUGCUUUUGAGGGAAGCUUCUUCAAAUAACUCCCAUUGUUCUCUCCUUUGGAUUUAUUUUCAUCUGCCUUCCACUCACAAUCUCAUAGAUAUCCCUGUUGGAAGGCGCCCUUGAGGAUCAUUGAGUACAAAGGUCAAACAGAUUUGUAUGUGAAAGGACAGUCUGCAGUUGUGAGCCACGUGCCGCUUCUUGUUUACACCAGUUCUGCAAAGCUAAUCCCAGAGCCUCUGCCUUUUCUUGGUAUUUUCAAACUCAAUAAAACCACAAAGACUUGAAGAGCAGAAUAGGUGGUGUAUUUUAAAUGCUUUUUCAAAGGGUGAUUUGCUUCAAUGUGCUCUCAUUAUUAAAGUAGGGCAUCUGCUGAAAUAAAAAUGCAAUUGUGCACAGAGAAAAUGGAAAUGCUGGGAAAUAUAAAGUCAAGAAAAUUAAUGAGUGUUAACAAUGUCCAUGGUUCAGCCAAGUUCAGACCUAUCUGCUGUCCACUCCAAAAUCCACAUCUUCAUUCAAGGGCUUCCCUCUCUUACAAAUUCUUCUCAGUGGUACCCAAGUUCUUCUUGAAGCUAAUGUAAACAAGCUCUGACAGUUAUAUAAAUGACUUCUCAAUGCAUGGGAAUCAUCCUUCUGAAAUCAGCACAGGUUACAAUGCUGUAGGCAGCAGAGAGUCAAAGUCAGAUUGGAGAAGACCCUUCAGGUCAUUGAGUCCAGCCAUUAAUCCAGCACUGCCCACCACUAACCUCUGUCCAUAAACACCAUGUCUGAUGAUCUUAGAGGUCUUUUCCAACCUAAACAAUUCUAUGAUUUUAUGAGUCCACGGAUCUGAUGGCAUAGGUACUUUUUUAUCCAUCUAACUGUGCACCCAGUACAAGUGUAAUGUAUUCCCUUGGAUACACUGCAGAGGAAUUGCUGGCAGAAGAACCUGUUCAGAUUUGGCACAUAUGCAACCCACAGCCAUUUGCCUGUGUGUCCAAGGUUUUGCUCCGGGCUGUUGAGGCCCUGCAGGGCUGCAUGACCUUGCCCUGGGCUGCAAGCAGACAAGUGAAGCCCAAAAGAUCAGUCCAGCUGCAUUUCCCUGAGACUGCCCCUGAACACAGGGCAUGAAGGAGCUCCUGGGAUCAGAAGCUUGCUCUGGAGUCCUCUUCUUGGACUCAGCAGGAGACACAGGAGGGCAAACAAUGGUUUUCCAAGCAAACUCCCCUGUGGACCCCUUCCAGACUAUCCUCACCUUUCCCCAGAGCCUUCUGAGGAGGAGAUGGCCACCUGCCAGCUGCUCAAAUCCUGACCCACUUUUCCUGAGAUCAGCAAGGGAGAGUUUAACAGACAAGAGGAAAUCCCUAAACAGCAUGCAGCUCAGAGAAUGGAAAGUUUUUCCUUUGGGGGGAGGGGGGUGUGAGUUUAUUGUGCUUCUCCCCCCCCCCCCCCCCCCCCGCUUCCAACUUCCCAAUGAAUACAUCUGGCAGCACACUGUCCCUGCUAGUGCGGGAUCCCAGUGGAAAGCAGAGCUGGGAGGGCUCUUCCUGCCCGGGGAGGCUUCCCAGGAGUGUGAGGGAUUUACAAUCCCACCUCUCGCUCCCCAUCCCCUGCAGAGUCACCCUGAAGGCCAUGCGCAGUGGUAAGCUGCAGACAGCUUUGCUGGUGGCCGGCUACUUUGUCUACCUGCUGGUGGGUGCUGCCGUGUUCCAGGCCCUGGAGAGGACUGCUGAGAAGCAGGAGAAAAUGGCAGCUGCGCAGAUGAAGGAGGCUUUUCUGCAGAACUUCACGCAGCUCACGGUGGUGGAGAUGGAGCAGUUCAUGAAGAACCUGAUUGAAGCCAUUCAGAAUGGAGUUUACCCUGUUGGAAACGAGUCACAGUUUGAAGAAAGCAACUGGGAUUUUAGCAACUCCUUCUUCUUUGCAGGCACCGUUGUCUCCACAAUAGGCUAUGGCACAUUACAUCCUAAAACUGCUGGGGGACAGAUCUUUUGUGAGUUUUUGCUCUAUUUGGAAUCCCUCUGAACAUUGUUUUUCUGCACCGUGUUGGUAAGAUGCUCUCACUGCUCUGUAAAAAGCUGGGGAAAUUCCUCUACAAGAAAGGAAUGAGAAAGUUCUUUUUCUCUUAGAACUGGCAUCUUUUGUGGAACAUAAGAGUGUUUACAAGAGACAAAAUGUUCUGCGAACUGAAAAGAAGUCAGCAAAAGUGACUCUAGGAAAGGUAAAAUAAGAAUACCUGAUUGUAUUUAAACAUGCAGAUGUAUUUUUGCAUAAAACUGUGCUGCCUCUUAAUUCUUCUUAUAAAAAAUACAUGGGCAUUUGACAUAUGUUAAUACAAGAAAAUAAUUCUUAUUCCAGGGGUUAUUUGUUUUGAGUAAACCUUAGCCAGAAGGUAUUUCUGAGGCCAAUCAUGAAAGCAGAAUUUUUAAAUACUUACAGGUUGUUAUUUCUAAUACGAAAAUCCACAGCUAGUAAUUUUUA